AUGGGAGUCCUCUCCCUUAACCCUCCGCGGUCUCGCGAUGGGCGGCACUCAAAGCUGCCGGUCUACGAGAAUCUGGGAAAAGAACGCGACUCGAACGAUUCCUACGACGAGUCCGACUACGAAGACUACUCCUUAGAAUCUUCUCCCAAUUCCAGACACACCGCGGCCGCAACGCCUAUGCUCAAGACGCCCUUCUCCCUCUCGAGAAGGCCUGGAAGGCCGAUAGGCUCCCGGUUACCAAACAAGGUCAUUCGGUACCUUUGCAUAGGCCUGGUCUCGAGCAUACUGUUAUUUAUGUUCACCUUGGUACGCGCAAGCCAGAAUGAAAACAGAAUGAUUGAACUUGGUGGCGUGUACAAACCACCGCCGAAACCCGCUCUGUGGGAGUCGUAUGACUUCCUCACACGAUACUAUGGAGGAAUUCGAAAUCUGGUUCCCAUCCAGAAAAACAUUCCAGAGUACCCCCGACCCGAGGAUGAGUUGCCACUCAGCAAACUCGCCUACGUCAACUUUACCGAAGACCCGAGUCUUCACCGACGCAGCCUUCCCGAGAGCAAGGAGUUCAUAAAUCACCCAAAGAGCAUCUUCCAGACGGCUCCGGAAAAGCUCAACGAGUGUUUCCUUGACGCGGACAACAAGCUUCGCGUCCCUCCUAUUCGAUACUACGAGGGACGCCCCAAUGGUUUCCCAGAGGCCAUCGUGGGCUCGUAUGAUGCACUCGGCUUCAACGAGGAGAUUUGUUAUGAAAGAUAUGGUAGAUAUGGUCCUUACGGACUCGGAUAUUCUCAGAGAGUUGGUGGUCUUGGAAUUGGUGAACAUGGCGAAAGGGAGGGCUCCGAACAAACGUGGUCCAAAGUUCCGGCCGUCGACUGGAGAAACCUCGACUGGGCUGAUGCGCAACGGCGUUGCUAUCAAUCGAAUGCUGCGCGAUACAAGGCCUUGCCUGAACGCACCCCGUCACCCCACGGCUUCUUUAUCGACGACAAGUCUGCCAACGCUACGCUGCUUACUCGCGAUAUGUUGUCGGAAGCAGCUGCAGCAGAAGAUCAAGCGAGAUCCUCGACAGACAGCACCGAGGUCGCCACCAAGCUAUCGAGAACCGCUGUUGUGAUUCGCGUCUGGGACGAGUACUUUUUCCGGGAGGAAGAUCUCAUGAACCUCCGAUCGCUGAUUACCGAACUGUCCCUUGCUUCAGGUGGUCGGUACGACGUCCAUCUCCUGGUGCAAGUACGGAAUGAUGCAGCCCACCCCAUCUGGGCCGAUGCCGCCACUUAUGAACAGCGGAUUCGGGAUGUCAUCCCACAAGAGUUCCAAGGUCUCGUCACAUUCUGGACAGAAACACAAAUGCUUUCACUUUAUCAGGGUAUCUAUGAUCUCUUCACUCGAGGCCCAGAUCUACCCGUCCACGGUGUCUAUCGAGGCUUGGCCAUGGCUAUGCAAUAUUUUGCCUACCAACACCCCGAAUAUGACUAUUUCUGGCAAUGGGAAAUGGAUAUUCGUUACACUGGUCACUACUAUGACUUUUUCACCAAAGUUGAGAACUGGGCUAAGCAACAACCUAGAAAAGGCCUGUGGGAACGUAAUGCUCGAUUCUACCUGCCUUCGGUUCAUGGAGAUUGGUCAGAGUUUAAACAAAAGGCACGAUACCAAGCAGAGGAUGGUACCGUAGGUGCUGACAACGUUUGGGAGGGGGUAAACGGCAAGGACAAGCAGGGACGCCCUGCCAACCGUGGCGACAAGAUUAUUUGGGGUCCUGAGCGUCCCAUCGAGGAGAACGACUGGUUCGAAUAUGAGAACGACCCGAAGCCUGAGACCACUUAUCAAAAGGACAAGGAUGUCUGGGGAGUUGGCGAAGAGGCCGAUUACAUCUGCUUCAAUCCCUUGUUCGAUCCAGAGGGCACGACCUGGGGCCUUGCGGACGACAUCACUGGCUACAACACGACACGGGAGAAGCCUCCGCGCAGGGCCCAGAUCAUUACGGCUUCUCGCAUGUCCCGUCGUCUUUUGCUAACCAUGCAUCGGAUGACGGCCUUCAAGAAACAGUUCGCCUUCCCUGAAAUGUGGCCCGCGACCGUCGCACUCCAGCACGGUUACAAGGCUGUCUUUGCACCCCACCCGCUCUACGUUGACCGCGAAUGGCCGACGGCUGUUCUAGCACAGACGUUGAACAAUGGCAAGAACGGCGCCACGGGUGGCUCACGAACUUCUGUCUACGGCGACCGCGAACAUAAUCUGCGUGGUCUCACAUGGUUUUAUGAUUCUGGGUUUGCCCCGAAUCUCUACCGCCGUUGGCUUGGCCUGAAAGUCAACAACGACGGAGGUGAAGAAUUCGAGCUCGUCGAAGACAAGACAAAGAAUGCCUCGACCGUUAACCAAAUGCGAGGAGGUGAGGGCCGCAUGUGCCUUCCACCAAUGUUGCUUCAUCCGAUUAAGGGCGUGGAGCUACCAGUGGAAGAGAUACACGAAGAGGCCGAGAUCCCAGAGAGCGAUCCAGCCGCCUGA